GGCCUCCGGUCGACAUUAAUGGGGUCAUGUGAGCUCACGCAGUCGGCAUCACCGCGGCACUAUUUAAGGCCAUGCCUGCUGUUACAUCUUCCCGACUGACGUUGCAUACAAGAGCAUUUCAACCUCGUACUCUUCCCGGGCAGACACGCACGCAGCAUAUCAUGGUUCGCUUCGUUGCUGUAUUGCUACUCUUCGGCUUGGCCUUCGGACAACGUAAAGACGUCGCGUAUGAAGACUGUGGAAGCAAAGCCCAAGUUACUUCAGUCCAAAUGGAGCCGUGUGACUCCGAUCCAUGUGUCAUCAAGCGUGGAUCAAAAGUGAAGAUACACUUUACCUUGGUUUCAGACGAAGACAGUGACACCGCUAUUCUCGACGCCACCAUAAAGGUGUUCGGCUUCAUGGUACCGAUCCCCGGUCUGGCGAAAGACGUGUGCAACGGCGUCGUUCAGUGCCCCAUCGUCAAGGGAAAUACGUACACCGGAGUUUUGGAAACACAUGUGCCCUGGUUUGCGCCUCCCAUCAAAAGCCAAGUCCAGCUCAAGCUUGUGGGUGACAGAGGAGUCAGUAUUUGCACCAAGAGCAAUGUGGUCGUCGUAUGAAAAUUCAGGCCAAACAUUUCGCCUGAAGCGUCACGUUGGACCCGCUACCACAGCAGGGGACGAUACACGUUCGCGCUGGUGUUCCCUACAACCACUGAACAUUUUCGUUUUAAUAAACGUAUUUACAAACAGGUCAUACAACUCCA